AUGAACUUGUGUGAAUACUUCAAAGACAGCAGGAAUAUAAAGAAGCUCAAGGACCCCCAACUGCGGGUCCAGCUGUUGAAGUACAGAAAAUGUGUCAUUGUGCACACCCUUGGUGUGUUGCCCAAGACUCAGCAUGACUUCAGCUCCUUCGGGGUGGACAUGUGGUACCAGACGGAAAUGAUGCUCUGCUUCUCAGUCAAUGGGGUGUUCAAGGAAAUGGAAGGAAGUUCUCAAGGCUGUGUGUUUGCCUUCACCUGGACCUUCAUUGCUACCUCUGCCAGCUAUGCCAG